AUGGUGUUUCUAGACUUCUAUCAUUCGCAUGUUGCACAUGCGGCAUACUCGAUCCUGCGACACAGGGCGAGUGACUUAUGGAAAACUCGAGACCCCGCUGAAGCUCUAAUCGACAAUCGUGCGCCUGGUGUAAAUAAAACCUUUAGCCGUUGUGAGAUCGUUGACUUAACCGGGGUCGAUGACGAUAUGGAUAAAAGAAAUGCUGGCGGAAACUUUCAUGGAAGCAAAACUCAAGGCAGGAAAGAAUCAAGGGACUCUGGGAGAUGUCUACCGCUCUUCCUACAUGAUCCUAUCCAUCUACAAUCGACGGAACCCGUGAUUGGAUCGUCUGGAAUCUGCCCUGCUAUCCGCACUAGCGCUUGUAGUUCAAGCAGACCAAUACUACCAGAACCAAACGGCGGUCCGCUGGAAAUCAGAGAUAUGAGCAACUUUCGAACCAGGUCUUUAGAUGCUCGUGCCAGUUCACCUCGUCGUCACGAAAAAAUAAUCGACGUAGAUAUCUACACAGUGAAUGUUCCAAAAGCACCGUUCAACAGAGCCAGAAGGAUUCUCAUAUCGGAAGACACCGAAUUGCCUAUUGCAACUGUGUCAAUGAGAGCUGACAUCCAGUUCUUCAACCGUAAGGAAAGGUGGGAUGUUUAG